UUUGCGCUAUGCUCGCACCCUUCCCCACCAUAUCCCGCCCCCCAGUGUCGUCGGCUGCGGUUCCUCCCCACCUCCUUCUGCGCUACGUGCUCUGCGCUCGGAAUCCAGAAGGGGAGGCCUCCCUGUAGCUUGUGGUGACUCCAGUGAGACUCAGAUUUGUCUCUGCUAGAAUCUUGCAAUGACAAUUUUUGACGAUGAUGAUGAUGCGGAGCCACAACUGAAGGUCGUUGACAACUACUAUUUUGUGAAAGCCAAGAACGAGUUUGUUUGUUUCAGCACCUUGCCCCUUAAGUUUGAUGAAAAUGAUAAAGUCUCCGGGAAGGGUAUCUACUUGCGUCGAUAUUCCACAGAUGGCGCCCCUGCAGUAUACAAGCAGGUUGUAGCUUGGACAGUAGCACUUAACCGUGAGCAGCCAAAGAUCUCAGUGCUUUCAAGUGAGGGCUAUUGGAUAGAAUUGGAUCUAUUGAAACCACGGAAAAUCUAUUGGAAGUUUGCUCGAUCAGCAUUAACGACAGUUCAAAUGCUCCACUUUGUCAAAAGGCAACCCAGAAAACCGAUGAUAAGUCUUUCUGUUCACCUUCGUGAAGUAUUCAGUAAAUUUGAAACGGAAGAGAUGGAGAAUGCUUUAGGGAAACACCAUCACAUAAUCAAGCGAUGUGCAGAGAGGGAUCCUGCUUUAAUGAGGUCAAAGGUUCUGCAAAGCUUUAUCAAUGACACUUCUGGGAAAUACUUUGAGUGCAUAUUAAGGAGUCUGAGCACCAAGGAGUCAUUCAUUGUUGUUGCUGAGCCUCUUGCAAGUGGGGGUAAAGGCAAUUGCGAUACAGAUAGUGAUGGUAACAUAAUCGGCGAUGAUGGUGAUGGUACUGAGCCAAUAUGUGCAAUAUGUGACGAAGGAGGAGAAUUACUUAGCUGUAAAGGUCGAUGCAAGAGAGCCUUCCAUCCUACAAUAGAAGCUGGCAGAAAGUCUAAAUGUGUAACACUUGGUUACACUGCUGUACAAGUAAAGGAAAUGAAUAAGUUCAUAUGCGAAAACUGUAGAUAUGAACAACACCAAUGUUUCAAAUGUGGAGAACUCGACUCGUCUCAUGAGCCUAAUGCCAAGGUCUUUCAAUGUUGUAAACUGUUUUGUGGCCACUUCUACCACCCCAAGUGUGCUGCAGAAUUACUUCAGUCUCACAGUAAUGGAGCCUGUGAGUUGGAGAACAAGAUUGCAGCUGGGAUGCCAUUUCCAUGUCCUGUACAUUGGUGCUCCAGACCUGAUUGUAAAAAAAUGGAGGAAGGGACUGAAAGAGCAAUGUGGCUUGCUGGCUGCAGACGUUGUCCAAAGUCAUAUCACUUAGAUUGUUUGCCAAGGGAGAUAUGCUUUAAGUAUGGUAACGGGGGUAUACGUGCUUGGUUUCUAUCGGAAAGAAACCUAUCUAAAAGACUCAUCAUUUACUGCAUAGACCAUGAGAUAGACCCAGCUAUGGGAACACCUUGCAGGGAUCAUAUAAAGUUCCCUGCUCUUGUAGAAAACAAAGGUCAUGGUUCAACAGAAUCCACAAAGUUUCAGCACUCUGAGGAUUAUGUAUGUUCACCUGGUCCUUCACAAAGGAAGGCAAACACUACAAAAGUAGAGGAAAUUAAAGAAAGGCUUGAAAAGAAGAGAAGGCUUCGGCACAACAAAGAGAUGGGUUCGAGAUUGUCUAUAGAAGGAAAUAAAAACAUCAAGAGAGAUUCAACAUAUGUUUUGUUGGGAUCAUCUCACAAGGCAUCUAGAGGAAACCAUUGUGUAGAAUUUUGAUGAUGGUCCUGAGGACUUUGAAGAUUCUGCCAAACCAGACAUGAAGGAGAGACCAAUACCAGAAGGAGUUUACAACGUCCAUGCAAGCUAAGGUGCCCUUGUCAACUACCUAUAGGGUUAAGACAUGUUGGUUAGCAUUCGAAGACAACUUUGAAGUUUUGAUUCAGACUUGCUUGAUAUUUCGUCCUCGAGCUAUGUUUAUGUUUAAGACUUUGCCAUAAUGGCCCUACUUAUGUAGAAGUAUUUGGUAUGUAUGGAUGUAACUUGUGAUACCAAUUUGGUUGUAAUCAUCGACAAACUGAUCAUGCUAUCGCUAUUGUAUGCAAAUGGGCAGUCCAGUCAGCUAGGUCGGGUCCCUAUACAUGCCUACUAAACCAGUUUGGUUUGACUGAAUGAUCAUGUCGGUUUCAAGCGGUUGUUUGGUGGCAUGAUUUGUUUUGCUAGUGUGCCGAUUUUGUCGUUGGCGAUUAGCAACAAUAAACAUGCUAACGAAUAAGGCAAUUUUUGUGGCUAAAUGCCAUUUUUAUUCUGAGCUACAUGCAAGAAUUUGUUCCAUGGUUGCUCCGUAUGUCGGCUCAUGAUUGCUACGACAUAGAUGAUGUUGGGACUUGUAUUUAACAAUGUUGUGCAACUAAGGGUCAUCACCCGUAGCGUUCUUCUAAAAUUUAUGUGCAUUCUGUGGCCGCGCAGAGAUGCGAGGUACUGGGCACGACAGUGUUGCAGUCCAUAGUGGCUGGUGAGGUAUACCAUUUAUAUUAAUUUAUGGUAUAACAAGUUGGCAAUUAACUUAGCAAACAACCCAGUUCAACAUGAUUGACAAAUUCUUUAUCAAAGAAAAAUUGGAUGUUCGAUUAUCAAGAGUGAGUAUGUGAGUUCAGGGCAACAAAUUGCAGAUUGCUUGACUAAGGACAAGAACAGUGAAUUCAGCUUGGCGUGUGACAAGAUGGGAAUGAUAGAUAUCGAUCACCCCUCUUAAGGGAAGUGUUGCUUGUGAGCCCAUAUCUAGGCUGGCACAUAAGGCCCAGGCCCAUGUACUUGACCUUGAAGAGGAGGUCGUGCAUGUUUGAGGCAUAGCGCCGCCAAAGUUGUAUAAGUGAAAGGUUAGUAUCCAACCUGAUCGCUCCGCUCCCUUCCUCCUAGCUUAGCCUAACCCAACCCCCGCCCACUAGCCUCGCUGCCGACAUAUUCUCGCCGCUAGCCCUCCAUUCCCAGCCCUCCCCGCCCAUGCAGCCCCUUGCGAUAGCUCUGGCGACCUCAACCUUAGCCCUGCCAGCGUGCACAACUAGAUGGUCCUUUGCUCACUCCUACAACGAUGUCGCCCGCUGCCCCCCUCCCCCGAGCCAGGCACAGUUGCGGCUCCUCGGCGCGUUCCCACCUCCGCUUGCCUGGGAACUUGCUCUGAGGUGCAUCGCGUCAAUGGAGGCGCAAAGAUCGACACGGGUGGCUUUCAGCUCUCGCGGUGCAAAAACCUAUUAGCUCCGCUCCGCCCCCUCCCUCCUAGCUUAGCCUAACCCAACCCUCGCCCACCAGCCUCUCUAUUGACAUAUUCACGCCGGUAGCCCUCCACUCCCUGCCCUCCCCACCCAUGUAGCCCCAUGGCAUCCCUUCGCAACAGCUCUGGCGACCUCAACCUCAGCCCCGCCGGCGCGCACAACAAGAUGGACUUUGAGGUAGUCCUUUCCUCGGUCCUACAACGACGUCGCCCCCCCUGAGCCAGGCAUAGUUGCAGCUCCUCGGUGCGUUCCCGCCCCAGCUCGCCCGGGACCUCGCUCUAAGGUGCACCGCAUCAAUGGAGUCACAGAGGUCGACACAGGUAGCUUUCAGCUCUUGCGGUGCAAAAAGCAAUGCCCGCGAGUGCAACGUGAGGCCGCCCCCAGCCCCCGCUCCAGCAGUGUCGUCGGAGCCCGUCCCAAGAGAAGACUGCCGGCCUCUGCUUUCGUUGCCUUGACCCCUGGCUUCACUCUGUCGCUCCACCCAUUGAACAAGCUAGCUCCUUCGAGCACAAUAUCCAGGUGGAGCUUCAUGGAAUCCCAACGCAGGCGUGGCACCUUCUUGGCAGUAGCUGCUGGGUCGAGCGGCUGCACCUGAGCACGUGGUCGCACGCUGACCUUGCCAUAUUCCAGUUGAUAGCGUGCAUGCAUGAUUCGGCUUGCAUCCGUCGCAAGACCAUCCUGGAGAUUGUGGAGUAUGUCCUCGCCCGCAAUCGUGCCCUGCCGUCGACCAUCCGCACCCUCACCAGAGCUGUGGCUGGCCGCCCUGCUUCGGCCAAUGCUGGCAAUGGCGGAGGCCCGAGCAAUGAGGCGCCUGGAGGUGAUGAUGGCGCGGCUGAAUGCGGGCAUGGCGCAGGGCGCAACACAGCCACCGCCACAGCCGCAAGCGAUGCCGCAUGUAUGGCGCUCCCGACGGCCGCGCAGAUGGCAGGGUCGUUGAUUCUGCUGGCUAGAGAGCUACUAACCACCGUACACGUGCUGAUGGUGUCACCGCCUCCUUAUCACGCCUCAAGACGUACGAUGGAGCACAGGUCUGCCACAGGUGGUCCCUGGCGUUCUCGUCGCAUUUCCAAAAUGAGUAAGUGCGGUGGAAAGAAGAGGCGUGCUACAGAAGCUGCUUCUUUGUUUGCUGGCCUGCUCGCACGGCCUAGGUGCAUUGUUCGGCACCAGAUGGCCGCCGCCCAUUGGUGGAAAAGCCUUGCUGUUUUCGCCAUGAUUCCAGAAGGGGAAAGUGCAGUGGAAAGAAGAGGCGUGCUACAAAAGCUGCCUCUUUGUUCGCUGGCCCGCUUACACGGCCUAGGUGCAUGAUCCUGCACCAGAUGGCCAUCGCCCAUCGGUGAACCCCUCGUGCCUUGCCUUGGACCCGCCGCCCUUGUCGUCGAGCGCACGUGAUCCCGGCCACGUAGACAUUGUGCCAUACUUGGUCAAUCCUAGCGAGCAUGGGGACAAGGAUGGCUCCAUGGGCCACCUGUGGUUAGACAGCGAGGUUCCUGAUUCGCCAGCCAUGGUCCCCGAGGCCGAUUCGUUGUCGUGGCAAAGCAACGCCUCGACUCUGUGAACCCUUGAUGUGUUGCAUGCCUGGCUGCUCUUUUUCAUGGGAUGGCACGAUAGAGAUUCAAACAGCGAAGCCCACCUUGUCGUCUGGCCAGGACGAGGAGCUUCUGGAUGCUUCCACUGUAGAAGAGCUGAGCCAGGGCCUUUCUCCAGCAGCCCAUCACGGGCACAUGCUGCACCUAAAGUCCAGCAAGAGCAACAACCCUCCAUGGAAAGCCCAUAAGCUUGCAUGGACUAGGUUCCUCUCCAUAGAGAAUCACCAUGUGUUUCGCUUCGCCCCCGAUCAUCGUGUGUCGCUCUCACUCGCAUGCUGCUGUGACGACAACCUGGACCCUCGGUGACUUCCUUGCUGUUGCUACCAAGGAGAUUGUCUUCGCCCUCCUGACUCUUGGCAAGUGACACAGGAGGUACCCACCUAACUUCGCGCCAUGACAAGCAAGGCUGUUGCCUCGCCCAUGGCUAAGAGGCGCACUCAAAUCCGCAUCUAGCGCACACUAGGAGUCGUCGGGGUCAAACAACGAAGCCCACCUUGUCGUUUGGCCAGGACGAGGAGCUUCUGGAUGCUUCCACUGUAGAAGAGCUGAGCCAGGGCCUUUCUCCAGCAGCCCAUCACGGGCACAUGCUGCACCUAAAGUCCAGCAAGAGCAACAACCCUCCAUGGAAAGCCCAUAAGCUUGCAUGGACUAGGUUCCUCUCCAUAGAGAAUCACCAUGUGUUUCGCUUCGCCCCCGAUCAUCGUGUGUCGCUCUCACCCGCAUGCUGCUGUGACGACAACCUGGACCCUCGGUGACUUCCUUGCUGUUGCUACCAAGGAGAUUGUCUUCGCCCUCCUGACUCUUGGCAAGUGACACAGGAGGUACCCACCUAACUUCGCGCCAUGACAAGCAAGGCUGUUGCCUCGCCCAUGGCUAAGGGGCGCACUCAAAUCCGCAUCUAGCGCACACUAGGAGUCGUCGGGGUCAACCAGAAAAUCACCACCGUCGAGAUGCAAGCGUAUGAUGGCCUCUUCAUGACGCCCAUCUACAUGUUCGUCCUCUCGACCAUCGCCGCACUGGUUAAUCGUGAGCUCCCCUUUGAUCCUACCAUAGCGUUGAUCAUCACGGUGAUCGUGGGUAGCUCGAUUGAGGUCUAGCUGCGCUCUUGUGCCCACCUGUCGACCUCUCCUACAUGGAUUACGGCCCUAAGAUCCUUGAAUGUAAUGUGCGCGGCCUCAAUGCUGUGCUCGUCAUACCGCCAUCCGAUCACUAAUUGUAGCUACUAGUGCUCGAUCGUUUGUUUCAAAGAAACAAAGAUGGAAUUGAUCUGCUCACCGAUUGUCCUCAAGCCCUAGGCUUGGAAUUCGACGAUUAUGUAUACCUGUCCGCGUUGGGGACCCGUGGCGGCAUCUUUGUUGGCCUGGAAAAGUAGAGAGGAGACCAUCAUUGAUCCUCUCUUCACCUCCAACACCUUGUCUGCUAAGGUCUCUACCCUGUCCGGUGUCGGCACACUGUGGUCUACAGACCAUAGCAUAUGCCGCCAAGGUCGUCUUCUUGCAGACCUUCACGACAUCCGCAUCAUGUGCCUUGGAUCGUGGAUGUUGUGGUAAUUUCAACCUCAUCUACCGCAAUGAAGACAAAAACAAUGGGCAUAACCGCUGAUCCUCGUCAGCUUUGGGUCACUUCCGGCACGUGCUUAACGACCUCGCGCUGAAGAAGGUUUACCUCAAAAGACGCCGCUACACUUGGUCGAACGAGCAAUCGCCCCCGAUCCUCAUCCACCUUGAUCGCGUCCUCUGCACCACGGAUUGGGAGGAGCUGCAUGGUGAGUGCCACCUCCGUUGCUUAACCUCCGUCAUCUCCAACCACAGCCCCAUCAUGGUUGAUCGGCCAACCGACACUUCCCUUUGUGGACUUCUAGACGCGCUUCGAUGGUUUUCAAGAUAUCGGCACUAUGUCGAUCAUGCUGACCCCCUUCUAAAGCUUCAUGCUAGGCAUGCAAGCCACAACGUGCAAGCUCACGGACCGUCGACAAGUGCGACUCAAACUCUUGAUCUCUUGGGAGCUUGUCCUUAGGCUCUGUCCCCGCACGAGGACUGGCUCCGGCGACAAAUCAAGGCCUCCUAUCUUGGUCUUGCAUCCCUGGAGCGCACCAUCGCUCGUCAACGUGCCCGCCUCGCGUCCCUCAAGGAUGGCGACGCCAACACGUCCUCCCAUCAGCAAUGCACGUAUCGGCAACAAAAGAACUGAGUACACAACAUAACAUCGGAAAAGGAUGUGAUCACGGAUACAUGCAACAUGGUUGCGGCGGCCUAUGCGCACUUUGAUGCCCUUGGCUCCGCGGUGCCUUGAGAGUGCACCCUGGACCUCUCGGCGCUCAUCACGCCCGCCAACCUUGACGACCUUUAUGCACCCUUUGAUGCAGCGGAAAUCUGGCAAGUUGUGGAACAACUAUGCCUGCGCAAGGCUUCAGGCCCCAACGGCUUCACCACUAAAUUCCUUCGCACUUGCUGGCCCACCGUCCAACAAGACCUCGUUGACGUUUCCCAACAACUUUUUGCACUGCGGGGCCAAGGAUUCAGCUGCUUGAAUCAGACGCUCACGCUGCAACACAAGCGUGCCGAUGCUCCUGGCCUAGGCAAUUACAGGCCCAUAAGCCCGACCCACCUCGUCGUCAAGAUCUUCGUGAAGGUACUGUCGUUGCGCCUCGCACCCAAGCUCAAUGCCCUCGUCAGCGCGAACUAGAACACGUUCAUCCUGGGGCGUAGCUUGCAUGACAAUUUCGUCCUUAUGCGGCACAAACCUUCGGCGCGGGGACCUAGUCGUUUCUCUUUGAUGUCUUGUGCCAAUAUGGCUUUGGAUUCCUGGACUGACUGGCCAUUAUCCUCUCGUCGGCCAGCACCAAGGCGCUCCUAAAUGGCGCGCCCGGCCCGGCCAUUUUAGCAUCUUCGCUGGCUUUGACAGGGCGACCCUAUGUUGCCCCAGCUUUUUGUCCUCGCAACGGGCAUGCUAGGUCGUCUAUUGUGUCGUGCCAUCGAGCUGGGCAUGCUGCAACAGCUCCACCCUUGGCGCCCUAUCUCUGUCUUCUCGCUAUAUGCGGACAACGUGGUCCUCUUUUUCCACCCUUCACAGGGAGAUAUUUUGGCAGUGAGCAUCUUGCAGCUUUUUGGGCGUGCCUCGGGCCUUCAGGUUAAUUUCAAGCUUCGCGCUCAUUACAACCCUGACGAUGUAGCACCCGUUGUCGACCUUCUAGGUUGCCUCAUUAUUGAUUUGCCCAUCACCUACCCGGGCAUCUAGUAUUGAUAACGCGCCCCCACCGUGGCUCAGCUACAACCCGUCGUCGACAGGACCGCCGUUAUGCUCCCAGGGUGGAAGGCACGGCUCAUGAACAAGGCCGGUCGCCUCGCGUUCGCCAUGGCCGUGCUGGGCGCGAUCAAUAUACACCAGCUACUCAUGUUAGCGCUCCCAAAGAAGAAGACAAUCAAGUCGCUCGAGAAAAUCCAGAGAGUAUUUCUCUAGGCGGGACGCGCGAUAGCAAAUGGUGGCAAUUGCCACGUUAAUUGGCGGUGCGUCUCGCAGCCAAUCUUGCUUGGUGGCCUCGACGACCAUGACCUAGAGCGCACUGUCGUUGCGCUUCGCACGUGCUUCACAUGCGUUGGCUUUGGUUCAACCUCACGGACAGCACCAAGGCAUGGGGUGGCCUUAACCUGCAGUUUACCUUCGAGGAACACGCCUUCUUCGCUUCCAUCACCAUGCAGAUUGGCAACGGCCAACAGGCCCUAUUUUGGGAGGACCACUGGAUUGGCCAGCGUUCUGUCUGCGAGAUCACACCGCUCAAGUGAGCCUGCAUCCUAAAGCGCUGCAAGCUGCAGACGACCUAUAGGCUAACCGUUGGGCGCAUGACAUGCACGACACCAUCGGCCUCCACGGUAUAGGCCAAUACCUUUGGCUAUGGCACAUGAUCGAGCAAAAGACGCUCUCCAUCGAGGCAGAUUGCCUACUCUAGAAUUUGAACUUGAGCGGCUUCGCAUAAUCUGCCCACAUGGCCACAUUCCAUGACUCCACCACCUGCAAUGCUUGGAAGCUUACCUGGAAGUGUUGGGCUCCGUUGCGUCUCAGGUUCUUCCAUUGGCUCGCCUGUCUUGAUUGGUGUUGGACCACGGAUCGCCUCUCCGCCAUGGCAUGCAGCACCCCACAGGCUGCCCCUAUGCGACCAAGGACCAGAGACCACGCACCACCUCCUCUUAGCGUGCCCCUUCUCUUGCCAAGUUUGGUACGAGAUCCUGAGCUAGCUGAGGAUACCCCGCCACUCGCCCCACGGCGAUCGAUCUCUCAAUGCUUGGUGGCUCAAACCCUUAUUGACUUUUGCGUUUUCUCGAAAAAGAAGAGGUUAGUAUCCACGGCCACACUCCACCUUGCAACUAAGUUGUCAAUGGCCACCAUUACAACAAGGCUACUACUUUACAUAUGUCAUCUACCCUCAUUGGGCCACAAUUUUGAAGACAAUUUGACACUCGGAGGGCAUUUAGAGAUCUCAUUUUGCAAUGUGCUAAGAAGCUACGAGAAAGGACGUUGAGAGAGCUUUUGUGGUGCUACAAAAUCACCUUGCUAUUGUUCGUGGCCCUAUUGAGUACUAGGACCAAAAGUUGCUGUGGGAGAUCAUGGCAACAUGUUUGAUCUUGCACAAAAUGAUCAUCGAGGAUGAGAGAGGUCAACCAGAGAGCUUUGACUAUGACUUCAAUGGGUUGCACGUCCAACUAUUGAUAUGGAGCAAAUAUGAACCAAAGACUUCUACAAGUGCAUCGCAGGAUCGAGCACUGAGAAGCCAUGACCAACUAUUGAUAUGGAGCAAAUAUGAACCAAAGACUUCUACAAGCGCAUCGCAGGAUCGAGCACUGAGAAGCCAUGACCAACUCUGAGAUAAUCUUGUGGAGCACUUGAGGGAACUUCACAGUUCUUGAUUAUUAUACUUUUAUUAUGUUUCAUUUUGAUUAUUUACUUCCUUUGGACUGUGUUGUGUUUGAAUUUGAAUGUGUAAAUUUUCAAACAAUGAAUUUGACUUGUUGUUAGAAUGUGUGCGUUAGAAGUAUGAAGGUUUCAUUUAAUAUGUUUGUGCAAAUGUAAUUCAGAUGGGGUUUAUGCAUGGAAAGAUUGAUGGAAUAGUAAAGAAAAAGUAUAGAGUUUAGGGUAAGGACUAGGUUCAAGGUUUAAGCACUCAAAUUUUAGAAGGGGGGGAUGGAGAUGCUCUAACUCUUUAA